AUGGGACCUGCAGGAGAAGCCAUCGUCCCUGGCGCCCACCGCCCGUUCUGCGCCCGGAGCCUUAGCCUGGCAUUCGAAAUCGUUAAGCUUUGCGUCGCAGACCUAUUGCUCGUCUUGUGGUCCCUCCACCCAUGGAGAUCGCUUCUACUCGUUAUCUUAGAACUCAUUCCCUUAAUCAUUAAUGAGCUCCAGUCUCUUAUAUCUUCCAGUGAUUUCAGCUGGACAUGCAUAACGCGGCACGUAGGUGUCGAGCUAUGUCGACUCGCCCUUGAGGCCUUAAUUGACGCCAUUGCCACUGAAAACGAGGGCGUCGUCUACGGGUCGGCCAAGUUCACUCUCGAGUACAGACAGAUAGAGAAGCGUCUCAAACUCGAUCUCCCGACCCUAGCAGAUCCCGCCAUCCGCGAUCUAUUCCGCGAGUCCGACCUCUUUGUUCGCUCCUUUGGCGGGAUGUCGAGCUUUGGGCUUUUCUCCACCUUCGACUUCAUGAGGAUCCUGACCUCCAUCUCGGAGCUGAUAUCUCACGCCUUGGUCCUGUCAUCAUUGACAUUUAACAAACCUCACCUCACCGCUUUCUGCUUCUCGCUCCUGACGUCCCUAUUACCGCUCGUCCUUCGAACGGCACGGGCGCAUGGGUCAUGUCUUGACGAUGCGCCUGACCCCCAGGAAACCCGAGCGAUCCACAAACAGGAAAAGAUGCGACAUCUGGCGCAAAGCGACUCGUACCGCCAAGAAUUAAUAUUCUUCGGUCUUGGGCCGUGGAUCCUGCAAGGCUGGGCCAAGGCGCGGAGAACAGUGCUCGGCUUAGAGCGACAGCAGACCGAAUGCGAUGCGUCACUGCGAUGCCUCCUCUCUAUAAAUCUGUCGAGUCUUGCGUCGUUCAUGCAGAAUGUUCCCCUCGUACUCCUGUACCGGUCACCAUCCGCGUCACUCGGCCUCUUCACAUUAUAUCAAUCAUCCGUACAAGCAAUUAUUUUUACCACGGCAAAUCUAGUCCAGUCCGUGAGAAUGGCGUACCAGGGUAUUUUUCUAAUGGGCGCAUUCUGUGCGGCCAUGGAAAUUGAGCCCAUCCUGCAGCCGAAGGGUGAGGAUGUACCUUUCGCGAGCUCUGGGAAGGGUAUGCGGCUAGACAUCAAGAACCUCGCGUACACCUACCCAGGGUGCGAAAGUCCUGUACUGCGCGAUGUCAGCUUGACGAUCGAGGCAGGAGAGACUGUAGCGAUCGUGGGGAAAAUCACCCUCGCAAAGAUUCUGCUCCGUAUGUACGACUUCGACAGCGGGAAAAUACUGGUAAACGGCGUCGACAUUAGACGGUACUCGCCCGAGGACUACCACUCGCGGUGCACGGCCGUCUUCCAGGAUUUCGCGAAGUACAAUAGCUCCGCACAGCAAAAUAUGGAGUGGGCGAAAGAGACCGUGUGCUCCCUACCCCUAGGCCUCAAGACGAAGCUGGACACAGUGGGUCAAGAUGGUGGUGCGUUCGAUAGCAGCCAGCUCAGCCAGGGCGGCGGACCCGCGUACGGAUGCUACGGCCUCUCGGGCGGCGAGUGGCAACGCGUUGCUAUCUCCAGAGCGUUCAUGAGGGCCAAUCGGCCAGAGGUUGAGCUGCUUGUUUUUGAUGAGCCGACCUCGUCUCUCGAUGCGCAUGCGCAGAAGCGCAUUUUCGACAGCAUCGAGAAAAUCACUCGCUCCGCAUCCAACGAGCGCAAGAAAAGCGUCAUAUUCAUCACGCACCGCCUGUCGACGGCUCGAAGGGCCGACAAAAUCGCCAUGAUGGAGAACGGCACGAUCUGUGAAUUCGGAACCCACCAGGAGCUGCUCAGCCGUGAUGGGAAGUAUGCCGCACUAUAUCGAGCGUCGAUCUGA